CAGUGUCGGCUUGCUCAACUCCGCCGUCUGACUGGAGUCUACGCUGCCGCCAGGAUGCGGUGGCGGGACCGGCUGGCUGUGCUCUUCUUUCCAGAAGGCAUGAUGCUCACUGUGGCCUCACUGAUGCUCUUCCUCGUACACCUGAGUGUCUUUGCCAGCGACGUGCACAACUUCUGUGUCACCCACCACUACGACCGCAUGAGCUUCCACUACACGGUUGUCCUGAUGUUCUCCCAGGUGAUCGGCAUCUGCUGGGCCGCCAUGGGGUCACUCUACGCGGAGAUGGCACAUAACAAGUUUCUUCGGUGCUUUUCCCUGACCAUCCUGAUGCUAAAUGGAGCCAUGUUCUUCAACCGCCUGUCUCUGGAGUUUCUGGCCAUCCAAUACCGGGAGGAGAGUCACUGAGGCCAGAGGACCAGGCCGAGAAGGGGGAAGGAAAAGGAGGCUUCAGUGUUUUAAUAAAGUCUGUCAUUUAUUUCCA